AUGCAAAGUCUCCUCUCCACUGCUAGGAAGCGCAUUAAUGCGUGGCUGUUUCUUACAAGGGGACCAUCUAUCAUCCAAGAGGAAUAUAAUAAUUCAAAUGGAAACCCGUUUUGGAUCGAAGCUCCCGAAAAUCGCUAUUUGGUAGUGUCGUCGUGGGACCACAUCAAGGAAAUCGAUGCAGCUUCAGAAGAUGUGUUAUCUCUCCAGGCGGCAGCCAAAGAAAUCUUGCAGCCAAAAUACACUAUGCAGAACUUCAACUGGUUUGAUAAGAAGGGUGUGGAUGGUACGCCACUCAUUAGGACACUUAGAACUCUACUCACGAACCACCUACCCGAUAUCCUGCCUGAUGCUCGGCGGUCUAUGUCCGCUCUGUUUGACGAUAUACUAGAGUCACGCUCAAUGGUAAAUGGAUCAUAUACUUCACCACUGUUCCCAAUGGUAAUUGAGGCUAUUGCGCUCACAAAUGCAACUGCUUUCUUUGGAAGGGACCUAGCUCAUAGCAAAGUAUUUAUGAACGCUGCCAUGAAUUUUAUCGAGCAGACGCUUAUAACAGCGGAAGUCGUACGAGUGCUCCCCAGUGCCAUUGCACCCUUCAUUGGAAACCUGAUUUCAAUGAAACUUGGCGCCGGAAAAAUUAUUUACAAUGCGCUGAUACCUAUUGCGGAGCAUCGCCUGGAGGAAAAAGCGCGAAAAAGUCUUGGACAAGCCGUGCCUGACCAUCAUGAUUGCAUCCAAUGGGUUAUGGAAUGCUCACCCCUAUCAAAACCAUGGUCAGCAGAGCGCAUAGUUCAUGAGUUGAUGGCCCUGUGGUUCGGGUCAGUGCAUAUAACAUCUACGACUGCCUGCUUUGCUCUUCAUCAUCUCUGCAUUCACUCCGAGUAUAUUGAACCCCUACGAAAUGAAAUUGAAAGUAUCGGGUGGACGGAAUUCGAGAAAUCGGGGGGCAAGACUUUCCCUCUGCUUGAUAGCUUCAUGAAGGAAUCUGCCCGAAUGAAUCCAGUUGAGUCAGUGAGCUCUCGCCGCAUGGCCCUGAAGCCAUUUGAGCUAUCUGACGGCUCUAGAGUCGAGCCCGGCGAAUGGAUCUGCACAGCUCCUCGAGGCAUGAUGUCGGAUGCUCGCUACUAUGCAGAUCCGCUAAAAUUUCAAGGUUUUCGCUUCGUUAACCCGGAUUUGCUCGAGAAGAAAUUUUCUGGGACCUCUGGCGACGGAGUUUCACAAGAAGGGCCAUCCAAAUAUACAGACAUUAACGAUUGGCAGCUUUGGGGCACAGGGCGAUCGGCAUGCCCUGGCCGAUUUUAUGCAACGGCUGUCAUGAAAACGCUCCUUGCAUUAUUUAUUACCAAAUACGACAUGCAGCUCGAAAAUCCCAAGGCUGCCCGAUAUUUUGCAUGGCGCACCUUUAUUUAUCCCUACGCAAGCACCAAGGUGGUUCUCCGCCCUCGUUCUGUUGUGUAA